AUUCCACCCGACCCAAUAUACAUUCACGUAGGGUUCGUAAAACCCUUCAGCAGAACAGAAGAGUGACACUGAACAAUGGGGAAAGGCCGGAAAGCACAGGAACAGUCCGGCAGCUAUGACGAAUUGGAUGCCACUCAAUACUUUGAGAACAGAAGGAGAGCACUCAUGUCUGAGAAGGAAGCUGGAAAAAAUAUUUACCCACAUAAACAUGAAGUAUCCAUGACUGUUCCCGAUUUCAUUGAGAAAUACAAGGAACUAGAAAGCGGGGAGCAUGGGGAUGAGCAAGUUUCUUUAGCGGGCCGGAUAAUGUUCGAUCGCAGACAGUCAUCGAAGCUGGUGUUCUAUGAUUUACAUGGAUUGGGCGCCAAAGUUCAAGUAAAGGCGGAUGCCAGUGAAUCUGAGUUGAAUGAGGAGGAUUUCAUUAAACUUCACUCUUCUGUGAAGCGUGGUGAUACUGUUGGAGUUGUUGGGUUCCCAGGUAAAACAAAAAGAGGAGAGUUGAGUAUUUUUGUCAAAUCAUUUACAGUGUUAAGUCAUUGUGUCCGUAUGAUGCCACAGAACAAAGGAGCCCAGACUAAAUCCAAGAAAACUGAUGAAUGGGCCCCUGGAAUGCCUAGAAACCCAGACACUCUUGUAUUGAAAGAUCAGGAAAAACGGUACAGACAACGCUAUUUGGAUCUGAUGGUGAAUCCAGAGGCCCGACAUAUCUUUAAGACGAGAACAAAUAUAAUAAAUUUCAUAAGAAGUUUCCUUAACAAUCUUGACUUCCUGGAGGUUGAGACUCCCAUGAUGAAUAUGAUUGCUGGAGGAGCAGCUGCACGCCCUUUUGUUACUCACCACAAUGAAUUGAAUAUGAGGCUUACAUGCGCAUUGCACCUGAACUCUAUCUUAAACAGCUAGUUAUUGGCGGACUGGAACGUGUCUAUGAAAUUGGGAAACAAUUUAGGAAUGAGGGUAUUGAUUUGACACACAAUCCUGAAUUCACUACCUGUGAGUUUUAUAUGGCUUACGCAGAUUACAAUGACUUGAUGAGCCUUACUGAGCAAAUGCUUAGUGGGAUGGUGAAGGAGCUUACGGGUGGCUAUAUAAUUAAGUAUCACGCAAAUGGUGUGGAGAAAGACCCAAUUGAGAUAGACUUCACUCCACCUUUCAGAAGGAUUGAAAUGAUAGAAGGGCUAGAGAAAGCGGCAAAUCUCAGUAUACCCAAGGAUCUUGCUAUCGAUGAGGCUAACAAGUAUCUGGUGGAUGCAUGCACCAAGUUUGCGAUAAAAUGUGCCCCCCCUCAGACUACAUCUAGAUUGCUCGAUAAGCUUGUUGGGCACUUCCUUGAAGAGAUUUGUGUUAAUCCAACUUUUAUCAUCAACCAUCCGGAAAUAAUGAGUCCACUCGCAAAAUGGCAUAGGUCUAAGCCUGGGUUGACUGAACGAUUUGAGCUGUUUGUCAAUAAGCAUGAACUUUGCAAUGCAUACACUGAGUUGAAUGAUCCUUUUGUUCAACGUCAACGCUUUGCUGACCAGCUUAAGCCAAAACAAAGUGGGCGAACAAACAAAUGCUAAAGAUGUACAAACCAAACCACAGGAUUGUAGUGGUUUCCCAGAGACAUCAUGAUAUCGUUCUUCAUGCUGAAUGAUGGAGAUGGACUUCGAUUUACUUCAAAUACUCAAGAGUUUUAUAUGUAUUUUAUUUUUCAAUGGUUAAAUGUUUUCAUGCACAAACUGAAUGCCUUCAUGCUUCCUAAAGUUUGCCAUACCAUAUAAAACUCAGUUAUAUGGCAUAGGAUAUGCAGUCAUGUCAACACGGUAUAAAGGGUUUCUCAAAUAUUUUACUGAACAGAAGUGUCCAAGGCGUACAUAUUGACUGUCAGGGUUGAUAAGACUUACA